GUCCAGAGCCUGGAGCCCCCAGAGCGUCGCGCGGCGGUGGUGGCGCUGGCGGAGGCCCUGUACGCGCCCGCGCCGGACGGGGGUGCGGAGCGGGAGGACGGCGAGGGGCUCUUCGACAGCCCGAGCGCCCUGAUCAGGUACCUCCGGGCGCGCAAGUGGCAGCUCGACGCCGCCGAGGCCAUGAUCCGGGCCACGGCGCGGUGGCGGAGGGAGUUCGGCCACGCCGGCAUCCGCCACGGCGCGCCCGGGGAGGACCUCCGGGCGCAGAACGCCACGGGCAAGCUGUACGUGCGGGGCUUCGACAGGCAGGGCCGGCCCACGCUCUACAUCAAGACGAGGCACGAGACCUCCGAGGACCCCCCGAGCAUCGUGCGCCACCUGGUCUACAACGUGGAGCGCGCCGUGGCCUGCCUGGAGCGGCUGGAGAGGGAGGGCGGCGGGCCCUGCGGCGCGGGCGCCGCAGGGGGGGGCAAGUUUGUGCUGUUGGUCGACUUCUCAAACUACUCCCUGAAAACAUGAUCCCGAUGCCUGUCGCGAAGGAGGCGAUCCUGAUCCUGCAGGACCACUACCCAGAGAGGCUCGGCGCCGCGUUCCUCAUCGAGGCUCCCUGGAUGAUGUCGGGUCUCUUCAGCGCCCUCACCCCCUUCCUCGACCCCGUGACCGUAGACAAGUUCCAGUUCGUCACGGAGUCGGGCGCCGAGAGGAGGGCGCGCAUGGAGCGCUUCUUCGACCUGGCGGUGCUGGAGCCCGAGUUCGGGGGCACGGCCCACGCGCCCUUCGACUCGUGCACCUACCUCACCGCGCCCGCGCCUGGGGUGGACGUGUUCGGCCUCGAGUUCAACGAGCAGGCGCAGCUGCGCAGCACCCAGGGCGGCACUUGCCUGGCGGUGCCGGCACCAGCGUGGACCGCACCCGCGGCGACCCCCGCGCAGUCGUCGCGGCGGCCCAGCGCACCGGCUCCGCCUCCUCCGGCGGCGCCGUGCGUGCAGCCGCGGUGCCGCGAGGCCUACUGGGUUAUGUGCAGCGACAUGCGGGUGCUGGCGCUGGGGAGGAGGGAGCGGGCCGCGGUGCGCUCCCUCGCGAGGUCGCUGGCGGCCGCCGAGGGGGACGCCGAGGAGCCCGCGGGUCUGUUCGACGACGCUGGCGCGCUGAUCCGCUACCUCGCCGCCAGCGGCUGGGACCUCGGCGCGGCGGAGGCGAGGAUCCGGGCCAGCGCCCGGUGGCGGAAGGACUUCGGCUUCGCCGCCCAGCGGGCGGGCGCCUUCGACGAGGCCAUCGCCCGCGAGAGCGCGGCCGGGAGCAUGUACGUGCGCGGCUACGACAGGCGCGGGCGCCCCCUGCUGAUCCUCCGGCUGGGCCGCCGGGGCGCCACCUGGUCGAUGCGCCACCUGGUCUACUGCGUGGAGCGCGCCGUGGCGUGCCUCGACCGCCGCGAGGCGGAGGCGAGGGCCCGCUGCAGCUCGUACGGGGAGGCCGAGGCGGAGAGCAGGGCGGCGGGCGGCAGGCUGACCCUGCUGGUGGACUUUGGCGGGUACUCCAGCAGGAGCCGGCCGCCGCUGCAGCUGAUCCUCGAGGCCGCGCGCGUGCUGCAGGAUCACUAUCGGCGAGGCUGGGCAGCGCGUACCUGCUGCACCCGCCCGUGA